AUGUUUUCUAAAUUUAAUAGACUUAUAACAACUCAUCCGGUAUUAAGUAAUAUGAUGGUCUCUGGAUUCUUAUUCGGGAGCGGUGACUAUUUGGCACAAACAAUUUUCACUAAUCCAAUUACCUCUGUACCUACCCAAAAGCAUGAUAAAUCAAGAACAUUAAAAGCCAUGAUUUACGGGUCUAUAAUAUUUGCACCAGUCUGUUUGAAGUGGUAUGGAUUAUUGAAUAAAAUUAAAAUCCAAAGUCCUGUGCGGACGAGGCAUGCAAUGAAGGCAAUAAAUGUAAAUAACUGUUACACUAUAAUCGCAAAAGUUGCAACUGAUCAAUUAAUUUUUGCUCCCUUGAUUGCGGUGCCCUUAUAUUAUUCAAUUAUGACAGUAUUUGAGUUUCAUAAAAACCCUGUUGAUGCAAUAAAACAUAAUUUGAGAGGUAACUGGUGGGAAACGUUGAAAACAAAUUGGCUUAUUUGGCCCUUUGUUCAAUUAGCGAAUUUUUCAAUAAUUCCAUUUCAAUACAGGUUGCUUGUGGUUAAUGUAUUAAGUAUAGGUUGGAAUUGUUACUUAAGUUUUGAGCUAAAUGCCAAUGAUUUAGCUUAG